UGUCCGUCUGUGUUUCUAUCUCAGUAAGAGGGACAAUUGGGAUAAACAGCUCACAGAUGAUGGACAUUGAGUUGAUGAGUCGGUCAGUUUGGAUUAUGUAAGUGGAGAGAAGUCGUAACUAAACUAAAUUGCAUGUGACAGACAUCUGUGUGCUACAGCGGUGAAGGUUCAAGGAGCCCAGAAAUAACUAAGUCAGAAAAAGACCAGAGGGGGGAUAGGAAGUGUGUGCAUCUCAAGAGGCUUUGGGUCGCAGCAGGUGCCUCCUCUGACUGAGACACACACACGCCCGCCUGCUCCUUAUACUGACACCUCCCUAGUCCAGUUCACCUUGCCUCUCUCUCUCACACACACACACACACACACUCUACGGCUGUGCCCUUUCCCAGAGAACCUGAAACAUGGAAGGCUCCAGAAUCUCUCUCCAUCUUCUCUUCUUCCUUCUGAUUGGACAAGCUUCACACACCAGCAGUUCUCAGCCUCAGACCACUAUGGCCACAGAACCAUCUGACCUAAACUCCAUUACCCCAGAGGAAAACAACAGCACAACCCUCCCUGACACCUCCCCACAGCCAGACACCUCCAGCUCCCCCACAGAGGCCACCCCGGGCUGCCUCAUUGAGCCCCAGUUGGGCUUCAUAGUAGUGGCCUGCGCCGGGGGCCUGAUCCUGUGUCUGCUGGUCUCUACUGUGGUCCUGGCCUGCCAGGUGUGCUGUCUUAGGCGCCAGGCCCGUGCCCCUCGCCCUGCCCGCAGUAAUGUGGACCUGGUGAGCGGCGCAGGUGACUGUGGCACUGAUCACUCCGAGUGGGGCAUCGUGGGGCCCUGCGAUGCCAGCGUCAUGUUGGAGGAGGUCCAGGUGGAUGGAGAGGAGGAUGAAGAGCAGGGGGAAGAAGAGAGGGAGGAAAGGGAGGAGGAGCAGGCAAAAGAAGGGGUCAGGAGCCAAACGGGGGAUUUGGAAACUAAUGGCGAAAUGGCCAUGCAGAUGCAGAGUUCCAGCUUCAGGGAUUUGUGUCUGGAAAUCCCCCAGGAUCUAGAGAACAUGCCCCUAGUGGUGUGAGGAAAGCAAUGCAUGCACUCCCGCUCCAGCCUCAGAGAUCCAUGGCCUGGCUAGAUGCUGAACUUCACUUAGGCACAGAUAUCAACAGGCCAGAUCAGCUCCAGUCUUGUGCCUCAACAAGUCAAGACCAAGAGUAUUUGUUCUUUUUUCUAAGUACUCCAGCUAUACGUAAUUCAUUUUAGGAGCUUUUACAUAUUUGCUUUGUAAACUGCAUUAAUCUGAUGUAAUUUGGAAUGAUUUUGUCUCAAGUUGAUUUCUAUUUCUAUAGAGAACAUUUGAAUUGGUGAUAGGCUGUUGGGGGCAGCAAGACAUUAAUUUGAAAUAAUGUGCUAUGAACAGCACACUACUGCCAACUGCCCAAGUUAAUUACCCUUACUACAAAGGUUCAGGAUCUUUGUACGAGUGGGUAAUUUACAUUUAACAUUUACAUUUGAGUCAUUUAGCAGACGCUCUUAUCCAGAGUGACUUACCGGAGCAAUUAGGGUAAAGUGCCUUGCUCAAGGGCACACGGACAUAUUUUUCACCUAGUCGGCUCGGGAAUUCAAAACAGUGAACUUUCGGUUACUGUCUCAACGCUCUUAACUGCCCAAUUCAAUCAUAUUAGCAGUACACUAUGCCAUCUUCACAUAAUGGCAGUAGUACUGAUAAUAUUUGAUUAACUAAGUGUAACAAAGGGUAUUAAGCAUAUGUAGAAAGUAUAUUUUGUUGAAGAUAAUAUACAUGCGUUAAAUUGAGAUAUCUGGUUUUGGACUGGUUGUACACUCACAACUACAAUAUAAGUGGGAAAGGGGGAUACCUGGUCAGUUGUACAACUGAAUGCAUUCAACUGAAAUGUGUCUUCCGCAUUUAACCCAUCUGAAUCAGAGAAUAUGUAAUAGAAUGGAAGCCGUCUCUAUUGACACUGUUGGCUAAAAGAUUCCUUCGCAGCAAACAAGCACUCAAACAUUUUCUCCCAUAUAUAAUUGAAUGUGGCCACUUCUCCCUAAGACAUUAAAUGUCAAAAUUGUUAUUAUAUGUUGUCCUGUCUAACUGUCCUGUCUACCUGUCCGGCACUGUACCUGUUGAAAAAAAUAAAAGCACUCACAUAUGCCAACAUGCUUGCUCUUCAGAUGUGAGUUCAGUAAACAUUAUUACUUUACACCAACUCGAUGUGAACUUCCUUUCCCUCAUCUGAAGUGAUUCCAUGCACAAAUACUAUACCAAGGGUAGACUUUUAACAUCUUGUUGCCAUCCUUGGCUGGGCACAGAGAUGGCAUUGGGCCUGCCAAGCCUCCUUGUUACAUGAAUAAGUCUCCCCCUCAACCUUCACGUGUCAGUCGAGCAGUCACAGAACUCCUAACUCUUUUGUUUCCACUCCUCUCUACUAAGUCUAACUUCUUUUCUCUUUUCUGUAAACAUUUCAUUUGUUUAACCCAAAUAAAUGGCUGUUUUGUGAA